CGUAACAAGAGGAAAGAGAGCAGAAGGCGGCGGCGCAAGCGCGGCAAGAGGAGGAGCCCCGCGCAGCCGUAACAAGAGGAAAGAGAGCAGAAGGAUGUGGCAGCGGCGGCGGCGCAAGCGCGGUAAGAGGAGGAGCCUCGCGCAGUCGUAGCAAGAGGAAAGAGAGCAGAAGGCGGUGGCAGCGCAUGCGCAGCAAGUGGGAGGUGGAGUGCCGCGCAGGCGCAGCAAGAGAAAAGAGAGCAGCAGCAGUUUUUCUGCGGUCAUGGGGAAUCUAGCUGUGCGUUUGCGGAAAGUGGCUGCCUACUUGGAGACAUUGGUCUUCGUGCUCUUGGCUUGUUUUCCUGUGUCCGUCGGCAAAAUCUUGGCCUACCUUUUUCCCGAGACGAUGAAGAAGUUCAUGCUGAAAAUCGGAUUGAAAACCACCAUGACACAAAACCCAAAGUUUAAGUAUGAAGACUGGGGGCCAACAUUCUUCAGCUUUCGCACUGCCAAAGUCGUAAUUCAUCACCUACUCAUGAAUAGUGGCGAUGAAGCUUUCAAAGGUUAUCCCGCUCCCAAUACACGGGUCAUCGAUUUGGAGAAUAAAGAACAUAAACUAUUCGAUUUUGCGAAAGACAACAGACCACUGAUCUUGAAUUUUGGAAGCUGCUCCUGACCCCCAUUUCUUUUCAAGUUUGCUGAGUUCAAGCAGCUUGUUGAAGAUUUUACAUCUGUAGCUGAUUUCCUUGUUGUCUACAUUCAGGAGGCUCAUGCCACAGAUGGCUGGGCUUUCAAAAACAAUGUGGAUAUCAAACAACAUCAGACGUUAAGUGAGCGAUUGGAUGCAGCAAGGCUAUUGCUAAAUGAGAAGGCACAAUGUCCAGUGGUAGUGGACACUAUGGAUAAUGCGACUAGUGCCAAAUAUGCAGCUAUGCCAGAAAGACUGUAUGUGGUGCUCAAUGGCAAAAUCAUUUACAAGGGUGCAAGGGGUCCUUGGGGAUAUAGACCUGAAGAAGUGCGAUUACUUUUACAAAAUGUAAAUUAAAAUACUGGUGGAAUCACUACCGGCAGGAAGCCUUGAGAUAGCGUUCAUUGGCACUCUCGGGUGCAAAUGAAUGAUAUAAUACAAGCAAAUCAAAUAAGGUUUCUUCCAUAUUUAUAGUGAUUUUCUUGGUUUUAAAUUGGUUACUGGGAUCUGAUGAUAUGACUAUGGAAGAAAAGUUAUUUGGUGUGUGAGGUAUUGUAUCAUGAUUCUCUUAAUUAAGUUACUCACAAGUGCUCUGUUUACUAUCCCAUGUUUCCAUUCAUUCAUUCAUUCAUAAAACCAUGUUUUUGUAAUACGCUUACAAGAUAAACUAAAUCAAACAUUCCUUCCUAGGCUGCCAGCCUAUUACUGUUUCUUUACACCUUUCAAUUCUUAUCGGCCCCAUGCUACAAGCAGUGGUUAGACCUGUUUCUGUAUCAAAGGCUACCCAUAAAUAAGUGUUAGUACUGUAACCUACUUAGAACAAUACCAUCCCCAAUAUUGUCUCAAUAAUUCAGUUGAAACUAUGAAAAGAUUAUAAUAUUAAUUAGCCCUCAAUAACAGUCUCUCGGGACCUGAAUACACUGCAGGAAAUAAAACAGUUUCCUCCACCAGCGUGGCCCUACAGUCUACUGCUUUUUAUCUCUUUGAAAUUUCCUUAUAUACUAUCUAUUUCUAACUUUUAUUUAGGACUACCAUCUUGUACUAACGUACGGAUUUAUACAUUUUAAAUACAUAUUAAACAGGACUGCUACCCCCUUUAAGGAACUUAGAAACAAAAUAGCACUUCCGUGAAACUACUUGAGUGAAUGUGUAGGAACUGUCAAAAACUGGCAAUAGUAGGUGAAAUCUCAUGACCCAGCUGCGGGAGAUCAGUUUAAUAUCCUCUAUACUUUUAUUUAGUACAUGUAUAAUUUUUCACUUAAUUAGAUCAUAUAGAUCUAAUAUUUCUACCAACAUCACUAACUUUAAAGACAUACACCUCUUAAUUAUUGCAAGCUUGGACAAGACAGACAUUCUAAUCCCAUCAAGAGUAACAGCCAGCAUUUAACGAGUGCUUAAACUAUUUUUUGCUUCUUCAGGACAGAUGUCACCCAAAUUUGUGUACAAUAGAUACAACUACGUGACACCAUAGUGCUAAAAUUUUAAUGUAUGUAAAACUGUACUUUGGAUUCCAUCGCUGCCUUAAACUGCGCCACUGCAGAUGCUCAGAGGCUAUUUUAGCCACUCGCUGGUCUGGGUCACUAUUGGACAUGACCCCAAAGGUGUAUGCUUAUUUUAUGCUUUCGUAUAUAUGAAAAUUGUAAUGCAUCAUUAUCAUUUUAAAUCAUUGUAAUAGCAUUUGAAAGUUAGGACAGUACAUUCCACCUUUUUUUUUAGGAGGGAGUGCCGGUGGCAGCAGGGUGUAAGAAAAAAUCAUGAUACCUCACCAGUGUAUACUUUAAAACAUUCAUCAUUGACUGUGUUUUUAAAAAAAACUUGACAAAAACAAACACAACCUUAUUCCGAAAUGAACAAGGUUCAUGGAUUCCUGCAAAUUCCAGUCAUAAAAUAUUGUCCCUUGAUCUUGUUUUCCUAUAUAGAUGGAAGGUUAGAGUGGGCUUUUAAGAUUUACAAGUGGCAUUCUAUCUAUAAUCCUUCCCGUUCUCUUCUAUUUUCUCUUCAGGCUAAUCAAAAUGCCUUUUUUUUUGUGGAAGCACAUGUAGCAAUCACUUAGAAACAUGGUAGCAUUCUUACACUGAAAUCAUUUCACAAAUUUACAAAUUAAUCAGAAGAUUUGAAAAUAAACAUUGGUUCUGUCUACUUGAUCUGUUUACAGAAUCAUGUAUUAUAUCCAAAAGGGAUGUGUGUUUCAUAUACUAUGUUCAGGAAGAUACAAUUGUGUAUGAAUUAAUAAUCUCACUUUUAAUGUUACAUCAUUAGUGUGCAAUGAUUUCUGUGCACUAUCUUCAAUGAGUACCUAAUGCAAUUAUUUUAAGAGCCGUGAACUUCUACAUACAAUGUGAUUUCUUAACUCAUUCAGUUCAGAAUUCAUUCUUCUAAUUGCAAUAUUUCUGUUAUUUGAGCUACUUAAAUCAACAUUUUCAAUAAAGCAGUAAUUAUAGUAAACAAAUUAGACAUUAGACAUUAGGCAAGUACUGAAAAAAGGGUCAUUAAGAAUCAAAAUUCGAGAAUACUUAUGUUUUCUUUCGUUAUGAAAACAGCAUAGCAAACAGCUUCACAAAAUUAACUAAUUUGAUCAACCCUGUACAAUGCAAAAAGCAAAAUUACAGUUGGUUAAUAUUACAAAAAAAAAUCAUAUUUACUUGUCAUCAGGAGUUAAAUCAGAUCAAACAGAUUGGGAAAGUUAGAUAUUUAGUAGCGUGCCAUUGCUCAGUCAGGACUGAGUAGUUAUCACCUUUGCUUUCUUUAUUAUAAGAGGUUUUACUUUUUAGUGGCUAAAAUAUCAUCCAUCGUUCCUUUGAAAAUAUUAGCUCCUUGACCAGCAUUUAGUAAUUGUGGUGCAACCAAUUUCACUGAACUAAUCCUUAUAGCUGGAAAAAACAAGUAUUUAUAGAAUAUUGACAAUGUUUAAAAUCCAAAGCAGCAAAGUAAAUGAAUUCUAGUUAAGUAUUGAUACUCUGCUUUUCAACUUCCCAGCGUGAAAAUCGUGUAAACUUAAUAUUUGUCAUUUUAUGCUUUAUUUGUCAAGACCUAAAGCAUAUAGUUUCUCACUGUAGGUACAAUGAUUUUAGCUACAUUGUUUAUGAAGCUUACAGUCAAAACCCAGAGAAAGCUGUGGACUGAUGUUUUGAAAUGUAGCUAAGAGCAUGUAACUCAGUAAGAUGAAGUUUUACAAUCUGUACUAUUAAAUAAUUACAAUCCAA